AUGUGUUUAAAAAGAGAAAACAAAAAAAAAAAAAAAAAAAAAAAAAAUUUCUUUCUGAUGUCGAAGCGACCUAAAGGUUUAGAAAUUACAGCGCAGAAUUUUGAAGAUGGUUCUCCUAAAGACCCACCUUCACAUAGCUUACCUUCUCAAUCUCAGCCUGGGAGAUUAGAUAUUCCGUCUAACUCCCAAAUGGGGCACCCAGUUGCCCCUUCUUCCCCCAAUUUUGUCUCCUCAAAUUUGAAUUCCCAAAAUAAAAGUUCUCAACAAACAAUUGGUCCAGUACACGACCCAGCCUUAAUUCCUUCUCAGCAAUCAACACAGCCCGAGCCUAACCAUGCCAAAGUAGUUGAUUAUGCUGCUUUUGCUAGGUCCAUUCACGCUGAAAAUUCCAAGCAUCCCAAAUAUAGGGAGCUUAAACGUUUGGAAUCUGCUCAUUGCCCUAUCGAUCUUUAUGAUCUUGCCAAUAGAAACAAUAAUAUUAAUGUUCCUAAGACACAACUCACAGCAGACAUUAGUCCUAUGUAUGAAUUUGCUACUUCAGAACAAGUAGUCAAUACAAUUUAUUUUACAUUAAAUCAGGCCAGAGAUAUUUACCAAGAACAGUUAUCGGAGUUAUCUGCCUCCUUUUUGGCUGAAAUCGCUAACUAUGAAAGAGAUCCUCAGCGUUAUCUCCAGGAUCACGAACUGAUCCCAAAAUGGUCAGAUGACUAUACCCUUGAUAACUUUUACGAGUCUCGGGCUAUGUCCGAGAUGCUUCAUGCUUGUACCUACUUCGAAAUAGAUAAUGAUCAUAGGCUUUAUCUUGAAGCUUUUGAUCUUACAUACAUUAAGAAAGCGGAAUUUGAACACUUGAAACAGCUACUUAUUGACGAAAUAGAACGAUUAAACUUUGUUGUUGGGGAUCACAGUUUUCAAAUUCAAGUCGACGAUAAGGUCGAGCACAUGUAUGUCGCCUCGUUUAGACUCCCAUCCAUCUCAUUGCGGAGUUGUGUACAAUAUUUCCGAGAAUUUCUCGAUCCAAAAGAUGAAAUUGUUCAUGCAAGGAUUCCGGUUUUCUCUCAUGAAGUUAUGAGUAUGAAUCCAGGCUAUGUUAAUGCAUAUUUUAUUCUUAAAUUAAAAGGGGAUAAAGUUCCUCCGAAGCGAAAAGUGAUUUUACAAAGGAAUUAUUCGGUGAGAAUUCUCACGAAUCUUUCCCAUUGUGUUUAUUGUCACUCCAAAUCUCACACCCGGUUACAAUGUCCUGAAGCAGGAGAGUGUAAUGCAUGCGGGCAACUUGGUCACCGUGCUUUGAACUGUGAAAGCCGGAAAAGGCGUGGCCCAGCGGCCGUUCCGAUGAAUGGCCCAGUUAAGAUUUUAACUAAACCAUCGGUCGAGACGUCCCAGAAAGUUUCGGUUGAUGGUCAAUCAAAGGAACAUAACGAUAGCGCCCCUCUGGGUUUUGUUGAUACUAUUUUUGACUCAGACGGACAGGAAAUAUUUCAUAUAGACCCUAAUAAAUCGUGGAAUGACAUUAUGGAAGAGACAGAGGACGGUUUUAUAGAUGGUUCUCAGCUUAACAGACAACAAAGAAACCUCUACAAAAAUAAAUUAAGACAGAUUCAGAAAAGGAAGGCUAGCCCUUCUCCCAGAACUCUGUCUCCAGCAAUUGACUCGAUUAUGGUUGAUAGUGACUUGGUAGGAAACGACUUGGUUGUUUCUGGAGACGCUACUCAAUCGUAG